AAGAGGAAAAAUCAAGUGUUCAAACGUUCUUAUUAGCUACGGGGGUAUAAAUUAGUUUGUUCUCAUUUUCCGUAUUAUUUUGCACCACCUAUAUCCAGGGGACAAGGGCGACUGUGCUCAUCGGUAAAACCCUAACUCAGCGGUCGGAGAGAGGGAUGGAAAAGGCGACGGAGAAGGAGAAAAGCAGUCGGAAAUCGAGGGAGGAGAGAGAAACUACAGAGCACAAGCACCGUCACCACAGAUCUAGGCAUCGCCACCGCUAUGAAGACGAGGAAGACGACGAUGAGCACCGUCGAUCUAGGAGAGAGAAAUCUCACGACGACGAACACCACCACCGUCACCAUCAUAAAUCGAGGGAGUACUCCGUGGAUGAGCAGGGGGAUGAGGAGGAAGAUGCUCGUGAUUCGAGGAGAGGGAGGGAAGGCAGUAGGGAUAAGGAUAAGGAUAGAAAGAAGAGGAAGGAUAGGGAGGUGAGUGAGGAGAGGAUUGAUGACAAGAGGGCUAAGGUUUCUGAUGUCAAGAAGGAGAGGCGUCGUUUUGAUGACGACGAUAAUGGUAGAAUUGUUAAGGAUGAAAGGAAAGAGAAGAGGAGAUUUGAGGAUGAUGGAAAUGGUAGGGUUAAGAUUGAAGAAGCUAAGACGAAGAAAGAAGAUGGCGGCCGCGGCGAUGGCAGUGGGGAGAUUGUUGAUAAUAAUAAUGGCAGGAAGAGGGAUAGGAGAAGAUUUGAAGAUGGUGAUGUUAAGAAAGAAAGUGUUGCAGAGCCUACUGGCAGGAGUGGUUCCUUUCCAAACGAUGGUGCUGAGAAAUCACUCAAUGUGUCAUCAAGAUUUUCAUCUGAAACAUUCCCCGCAAAUAACCAUACUGCCACCAAGGUAUCUUCAAUUUCUACCACCCAUGAAAAUAAGGGAGUUAAUAUUACCGGAUCUCAUGCGGUUACUGGAAAAUCUAGUACAGAUGGAACACCUUCAACUGCUGGCAAGACUGGAAAUAUAUCCCUUGAUGCUUUAGCAAAAGCUAAGAAAGCUUUACAGAUGCAGAAGGAACUCGCUGCAAAAAUGAAGAAGAUUCCUUUGCUAAACAGAGGUACUAGCUCAAGCAAUGCUGUCAAUGCUCAAGUGGGCUCGAAAGAAGAAAUUAAACCACCUAGUGCUGCUGGGAUUCAGCAGACACCAUCAACAUCUACCUUUCCCCCAGCUGCUGCUUCUGCUAAGACGGCUAGCAUGAUAGACCCUGCCAAAUAUGAAGCUGUGAAGCGUGCACAAGAACUUGCUGCCAAGAUGGGGUUUCGCCAGGAUACAGAAUUUGCUCCUUUGAUAAAUUUGUUCCCUGGGCAGUUGCCACUUGAUACUACCGCGCUUCAAAAGCCUGCAAAGGCUCCAGUUCUUCGGUUGGAUGCUCACGGUAGGGAAGUUGAUGAGGAUGGAAAUGUUGUCUACAUUUCUAAACCAAGCAGUCUAAGUACCCUUAAGGUGAAUAUUAACAAGCAGAAAAAAGAUGCAUUCCAGAUUCACAAGCCAGAAUUGGAAGUUGAUCCAGAUAAGAAUCCUCAUUUUGAUCCAAGGAUGGGUAUUGACAAAACCAAGCUUCUCAGGCCCAAAAGAAUGAAUUUCCUGUUUGUUGAGGAAGGUAAAUGGUCAAAAGACGCUGAGAUUAUCAAACUGAAGAGUCAAUUUGGAGAAGCCCAAGCCAAGGAGCUUAAGGCUAAGCAGGCACAGCUGGCUAGGGCAAAGGCGGAGCCAAACAUAAAUCCAAAUUUGAUUGAGGUUUCAGAAAGAGUUAUCACAAAGAAAGAGCCAAAGGAGUCUAUUCCAGAAGUUGAAUGGUGGGAUGUGCCUCUUCUGCGUUCUGGUGAUUAUGCUGAUAUUGCUGAUGGUAGCAGCAUUGAAGAUAGAGUGAAGAUGGAGAAAAUCACGAUCUAUCUUGAGCAUCCCCGUCCUAUUGAACCUCCUGCAGAGCCAGCCCCACCACAACCUCAACCGCUUAAACUUACAAAGAAGGAACAGAAGAAACUCCGUACACAGCGUCGCUUGGCAAAGGAGAAGGAUAGGCAGGAGAUGAUUAGGCAAGGUUUAAUCGAGCCCCCCAAACCUAAAGUUAAAAUGAGUAACAUCAUGAGAGUGUUGGCCUCUGAGGCAACCCAAGACCCAACGAAAAUGGAGAUGGAAGUUCGAACUGCUGCAGCUGAACGUGAGCAGGCUCAUGUGGACAGGAACAUUGCUCGCAAACUGACACCUGCUGAGCGGCGUGAAAAGAAAGAGAGGAAGCUGUUUGAAGAUCCAAAUACUUUGGAAACUAUUGUUUCAGUGUACAAGAUCAAUGACUUUUCACACCCACAAAAUAGGUUCAAAGUUGACAUCAAUGCGCAAGAGAACCGUUUAACUGGUUGCGCUGUCAUUUCUGAGGGUUUUAGUGUCGUGGUUGUUGAAGGUGGAAGCAAAUCCAUUAAAAGGUAUGGAAAGCUGAUGCUUCGGCGGAUAAAUUGGCUUGCCAAGGUGUUAAAUGAGGACGGGGAGGAAGAUGAAGAUGAGGAAAAACCACCAAAUAAAUGUUCUCUGGUUUGGCAAGGAAGUGUGGCAAAACCUAGUUUUAACCGGUUCUUCAUCCAUGAUUGCAGAACUGAGGCUGCUGCCCGCAAAGUUUUCUCUGAUGCUGGUGUUGGCCACUACUGGGAAUUGGCUGCAAACUUUGUGGAUGAUCAGAUAUAAAGUUCUGGAUAUUUGGUUUCUGUAUUUGUGUCUGGUAAGUCCAAUUAGCUCUGUUUCUGUAUUUGGUUUCUGCAUAUGAGCAUUUUGAUAAUGGUACUGUGGAAUUGAAGGAGAUUUAGAUGCAUAGGAUGGCACAUGCUCAGUGAUCUUUCGUCUCUUGUUUCUUUUUUGCUGGUGUCUAAUGUAAAAGGACGACUGCUUCAGUCCCGAUAAUAUUAUAACAAACCAAACUUCUUUUGUGAGAAGAUAUCAGCUUGACUUGAUUAAUGUUAGCACCUUGCAGCCUUAA